AUUGUAAAUAGCCGUGCGUGCGAUAAAUUUUGUACCUUAUAUUGUAUAAUAUAUUUGUAUAGUCAGUACGGCUGUACAUUACUAAUCAUUAACUACUGGUAGACGCAUCAUUUCAGGAAAUUCUGGUUACUGAAGACAAACUAAGAGAUUUUAUUAGGAAUCGGAGCCAUAAUUAUAGCAUGUUGUUGUUACCAGCUAUAUAUUUUUUGUUGAGCUUUGACAUUUUAAAUGCUUCAAACGAAAAUGAUGUGCAAGUACAAAAUGUCACAAUUUCACUGCAUUUUCACAAAAAUAAUUCUUCUGAAGAUUAUGAUAUUACUACAAUUUAUAGAUUCAGAAAUAUGCGUUCCUCGACUAAAUGUUCAAUAACAGAACAAAAAGAGAACAAGCAUUCCUUUUGCCCUUGGCACCGACAAAUUUGGAGGCAGCUUUGUAUGAUUGAAGUACAUUCAAGGACAAAUGCCAUUGGAAUACCGAUAUCAAUAAACACACAAAUCAAUGAUAAUAAUUCAAUAUCGGAUAAUAUCUUGCAAAUAAAUACUGCUGGGCUGCAUAAAUACGGAGUUAUUCAAAAUAAUAGUCGUAUGAGCGUUUAUUUUGAUUCAGAUUUCUGGGAACAAUCAGCUAUUGAAUCUACAGGGAAAAAAUGCGAUUUCAACUCUGUUACUCCUAGUACUCCUACAUCGAAUACAGAAUAUGAGUUGAAUAAAUGUAUGAAAACAUUAGAAUAUAAAUAUGAAAAACAUUAUUAUCCAUACUAUUUUAGUAAUAAUGUUCAUCAGACAUUUCUAACGGUUCAUUGGAAACCAAUUAAAAACCAAAGUUGCUUAUCAAUUACGUAUUUUCAUAAUAUAAAUUCUGAUAUGAAUAUCAUCCUGACUAUAUCAAAUGAAAACGAUAUGUUAAUAGCAUCACCAAUAUUAGAAAAACAUGAUAGCAUAACAACGUUAAAAGUUGAAAACAUGUCUCUUAUUCAAGAUCAAGAAUACAAACUGCAAUUAAAAAGAAAAUAUGGUGAUACGCGUAAUUAUUAUGGAUACAAUAGCAAUUUUGGAAAUUGGUUCGAACUCUUACGUAUUGCUCAAUGUCCAAAUAAUGAUGAAGAAGAAGUCAGACUUGUUUCAAUGGAAGAUAUUGAUCAUAAUUGGUGUAACCUCCCAAAACCUUUCAAUAUACUGAAAAAUGAUAUGGAUAAAAAUACUACCUACAACAACAUUUCAACACCAUCAACAAAAUCUUGUCUAAAUGGAGGUUACCUGCAACCAAUAAGAUCAACAUGCGUUUGUCCACCUGGAUUUAUAGGACAAUUCUGUGAAAUAGGAUGUGGAUCAAAUCAUUAUGGAGCGGAUUGUAAAGGUAUUUGUUCGAUGCAUGCCGAUGAUAUGUGUCGUGGAUUGUUGAUGUGCACAGAAUAUUAUGGCUGUACAUGUCCAGUAGGUCUAACUGGUGCAUUAUGUGACAAAGAUUGUCAACCGGGUAAAUAUGGUGCCAAUUGUAAACAGGUAUGUUCAUCAAAUUGUCGUAAUAAUACAUGUGAUCGAUAUACCGGCAUCUGCUAUCAUGGGUGUUCACAAGGAUAUUUACCACCGUAUUGUUUACAAAAGUAUCCAUACCUUAUUAAUCCACCAAGACUUCUUUCGGAUGAAUACGAAGUAUUAGAGAUGGAAUUAAAUUUCGAAUCGGAUAAUGUAAAAGGAGGAGAUAACACUAUAAAGUUAAAAUAUUAUCAAAUAUUUUAUAAAUCAAUUACUGAAGAGGAAUUUACAAAAACUGAAUUUAAAAUUAUAAACGAAAAUAAUACUAGAACCAUCGAUAUUUUAAAUAAUUUAGAACCAGAUACCACUUAUAUAAUCGGUGUUUUGGUUAUAACAGAUGAUGGAAACUUCAAUUACGAUGAUAUAGUAUAUGGUCAAUAUAAAACAUCAUGUAUCCAACCUGAAAAUACUGAUUAUAACAUUCAAGUAAUCAGUGGAAUAAAAAGUGUCAACGUAAGAUGGGAUAGAAUACAUCUUAAACGAUUAGAAUGCAAUAUAGUUAAAUAUAUAUUGACGUUAACGUUUAACCAAUCAAAAAAUCAAAUAUCGGGAAUUGAAGAAAUAGAAUCAAGUUCUAAUAAUGGCCACUUAAUAGAAAAUCUUUAUCCUGGAUACAAUUAUAGUGUAUCUCUGACUCCAAAGACGAAUAAAGGACCAAUGAUAUCGUCACAUAUUUAUUCAUUUACUCCCCUAAUAACAAAAAAUGAAGUCAGUAUUAAAGAUAUUGUUGCAACUACAAUUGAUGAUAAAAUUAAAAUAUCCUGGAAAUUAAAAAAUACUUACCAACAGGACACAAUAGUGAAUGAACCUUUUACGUAUAUAGUCAGAUUUAAACUACAACGAAUUCUUAGUUGUUCUUUGGAAAAUUUAAAAAACAAUUGGACAUCAGUAAUAAUUUCCAAUCGAACGAGCUACGAAAUAUUCGAUGUGGUUCCUAAUGCGCAGUACUGUAUACAAGUUAAAGUCGCUAAUGAUAACAUUGAUACUCAACAAGAAACACAAAUUUUCGCAUUAACACAAUCAUCAAGACCAAAAACUGAACCUAUUUUUGACCUUGAACACCCAAUGUAUGUGACUAACAGUUCAGUGUUUAUCCAAUGGAAAGUCGAUCCCAUAACUUGUUCAAGAUUAAAUGGAUUCUUAUCAACGUUCUACAUUGAAUUAAUGGAUAAGGAGAAUAACAUAUUACAAGUAAAUGAAACGAAAAAAAACUACAUUUACAUUAAUGAUCUCCAAUCAAAUAAUUAUUAUGAACUGAAAGUUUUUAUAAAAACACACAUCGGUUAUAAUCCUGAACAUUAUAUGUUUACUAAUUUUACUACUAAAACAAGAUAUUUAACACCAGUCAAUGACUUAGUAGUUUAUAAAAAAAGCCUUAAAUAUCGAUUAGCGGGACUUCGUUGGUAUUAUAUAGAAGAUGAAAGUUUAGAUGGAUUUAUAGUAUCAAUUAAUGAAGACUCUUUUGGAAAUAAAAACAAAGUUUCAGUUAUUUCCCCGACGAAAUGUCCUGCUUGGCCAGAAUAUUAUUGCUAUACUUAUCAUAAUUUGAGUCCCAAAAAUAACUUCACUUUCAAAAUAAAGCCGAAGUCAAUAGAUUAUCCUGAAGGGGGCCCAGUGUCGUCUAUUUCAUUUGACAUAAACGAUGAAUUACCAGAUUCUCCAAAUAAUUUAAAAAUUACUGACAUCGGAAACACUUUUAUAUCUCUCCAGUGGGAUAUUCCAUGGAUAUUUAAUGGUAUACUGAAAAUGUUCGUUAUAAAUGUAGAGGAAAUAUCAUACGCCAAUAUAAAUUUAUAUUCAGGAGUUCAGACAACAGAAUAUCCAAUUUCUGAAGAAGUACCUUCUUUUAAUUAUACGCUCGAAAAUUUAAAUCCUGGCUCAACUUAUUCAAUUGGAAUAAUAUCCGUAUCCAAGUCACUAUGGUAUAGUUUGCCGUCCAGAAUUCUCGCCACAACGCUUUUAGAUACUUAAGAGUAUAUUAUUAACGUAAUCGAUAUAUUAUUUUUAUUAUUAUUAACCAACAUUUUAUUUAAUAUAACAAGUGAAAUCAUAAUA